AUGGAGGGAAUCAUUCAGCAAGGAACCCCGCCUCCUAACCAGUGGCGAAGAAGGUCGGCGACUCGGGAAGACGGUGACCCUGCGGCAGCAACCGAAAAUGGUCGCGGCAAGCAGUCUGCGACCGAGGAAGACGAGGCCCAGUUACGACAGAAGCCGGUCAUUAACAUGAUAAUCGGCAGACCAGAAGGGGGCGACUCGGCAAAUACUAAAAAAACUUGGGCCCGACAGUUGUAUGUAGGGACAGUGUACGGGCAAGAAGAAGGUUCGAAGAAGACUUGCCGAGAGCCCAUCACGUUCACCGACAAGGAUCUGCCUACAGGAGAGACGCCGCAUCGCGACGCCCUAGUCAUCGCAAUGGAUGUGAAUGGGGUGGUCGUUCGGCGGAUCCUGGUGGAUACCGGGAGCAGUGCCAACAUGCUAUACCUUGAAACCUUCACCAAGAUGGCACUAAGUCGAGAGCAAUUGAACCCGGUCAAAACACCACUCGCCGGCUUCACGGGCGAUUCGGUGGAAGCAGAAGGAUCCAUCACUCUACCGGUAGAAAUCGGCAGUUAUCCCGACGUGCAGAAGUUGGACAUGAAAUUCAUUGUGGUUGAUCUAACCUGCUCACAUAACGCCAUACUCGGACGGCCGGGACUAGAGGAUCUGGGAGCAUUGAUCUCGAUCGAGCACCUCUGCUUAAAGUUCCGCACACCAAGUGGGAUAGGCACGGUACGCUGUGAUAGGAGGGUCGCCCGCGAUUGCUACCUGCAAGCUUGCAGGGGCAUGGGCAAGCGCGAGAUGCAAGUCCAUGAGAUCACAGAAAGAACUUUGAAGAAGGCAAUGAUACCCCGCCCCGAUCCGGCCGUGGAGUUGGAAGAAAUCGAGAUCGACCCCAGGCAGCCGGAAAGGCGAGUCCGGAUUGGCGUCAGUCUCCCGGAGGAGAUACGCGAGGGGAUCAUAAAAGUACUUCGAGAGAAUCAGUUGGUCUUCGCUUGGGGGCCAGAGGAUAUGCCGGGAGUCGACCAGUCUAUCAUUGCUCACCGACUCACCAUACACCCCGACCACCGGCCGGUCAUACAGAAGAAGCGUUACUUGGCUAACGACAGGAGAGAGUUUGUGAAAAAAGAAGUAAACACACUGCUGGGCGCAGGUCAUAUCCGAGAAGUCAAGUACACAGAAUGGUUGGCGAACGUGGUACUUGUACCUAAACCCCCGGCCUGGCGAAUGUGCAUGGAUUACACUGACCUCAACAAAGCCUGUCCGAAGGAUCCGUUUCCCUUACCCCUGAUCGAUCAACUAGUCGACGAGACGGCGGGGUCGACCUUGCUGAGUUUUAUGGAUGCUUUCCGGGGAUAUCAUCAGAUCUUCAUGCAUAAAGCGGAUGAGGAGAAGACCGCGUUUCUAACGCCGGACGGGGUGUACUGUUACCGGGUCAUGCCCUUCGGGCUCAAAAACACAGGGGCUACAUACACCCGGAUGGUCUCCCGACUGUUCCAAGAUCUAUUGGGAAAAUCCAUGGCGGCCUACGUGGACGACAUGCUGGUUAAAAGUCGAGAAGAAACCAACCAUGCGGGGGAUCUGGCCGAUUGCUUCCAGGUAAUGCUUAAGUAUAAUUUCCGACUUAACCCAAAGAAGUGUGCAUUCGCAGUGCAAGGUGGAAAAUUCUUAGGAUAUAUGGUGACCAAGAAGGGCAUCAAGCCUAACCUAGAGAAAGUGCAAGCCAUCAUAGACAUGCAGCCUCCCAGCACCGUUAAGGAUUUGCAACGGCUGACUGGUCGACUAGCUCCCUCAGCUGCUUCCUAA